AUGGCCGACCGGAACCCCAACCACAACCACCCCCAGCUCAACGUCCCCGAUCCAAACCCGGAUUUCCAAGACGCAGUCCCCGGCCGAGUGAGGACCGAUUCACCAAGGAGUCAGGGCUCUAGCAUUCUCUCCCCCGUCACAGUAGGCAGCGCACCCGAACGACCGCGCGCUUACGGCCGCCGCCCUUCGAUCCGCAUCCGCCGCCUCAGCUCUGUGCAGAAUUUCAGGCCAGGUGCCUGUCCCGUCGAAGGGACCAGCACGCUGGAUUUCGCUCCCGGCACAGCUUCGAAUGACGGCAAUCGCAACGGGAAUGCGGAUCUCGCGGGCGCAGGAGAGGGCGUGAGGCGGAAUCGCAGCUUCUCGGAUCCGCAUAGGGGGGCGCUGACGUCGAGCUUGGCCGCGGGCAGGUGCGAACGUUAUAUGCCGGAUGUAACGGAGGAGCCGACAGCGAAACCGGCGGCUGGUCCGAGGGAGAAGGAGACGUCAAGGGUGCAGUUUCCCGAUGAAUCGGUGUCGGCGAGAAGGGAGGCGGGCGACAGGAGGCCGAUCAGUCAGCCGACGGCGAGUUUCUGGAGGCCCUUGAGGAGGGCGCGGACGAAUAUUGAAGGGAGAACGGAGAGAGAUCGUGGAGAGCAGGCCGUGGGCAAUGGACAUGCAGAGUACGAAGCGGAUUUGGUUGAUCUAUUGGAUCUUGUUGACCCAGAGGUCUCGACCCUGCAAACUCUCACCAAUGUGCAAAACUCCCUCUUCGUCCCUGAUCUUGGGAGAUACCUUAAUCGACGACCGACGUAUAAUCUGACCAGACGGCCUACGAAAGACGACAGCACGACAUCCAGCGAUGAUGAUACGGGCUUCAUGGUUGCCCCGAAAGACGAGGCGCGCCCAGCAGCGAGGAGGAUGGCAUCGGGUGCGACGCUGAAUACGAUAAGCUCUAAUGUGAAUGAGAAUUACUACGCGGUGCUACCGCACGGCGUUCGGCUUUCUGAUUGGAGCGAGGAAGAGAAAUUGGAACUGAAUGACCAUGUCAGGCAUAUGCUGCAUUCACGGCGUUCGAAAUUCAAGAGGAGCAUGAAGGGCUUCAAGCAAUACGUUUCGAAACCCCUUGGGUUUUUUGUCACUCUCUACGCGGUAUUAAUCACCGCCUUCGGACUCGCUUGGGUCCUCUUCUUGAUUGGCUGGGUCAAUGUCAGCGGCUCCCGCAAGGAAUACAUGAUCAACGUAAUCGACAACGUCCUCGUGGCCCUCUUCGCCAUAGUGGGUGACGGCCUGGCCCCCUUCCGCGCCGUAGACACUUACCACAUGUGCUUCAUCGCCCACUACCACCGCCUAACCUGGCGCCUGCGGCGGGAAAAAUCCCUCCCCAAGCUCGCCAACGAUUCAGACCUCCCCGCUGUCCAGCCCGAAGAAGUGCAAGACGUGGAGAAGCAAGAAUUUUCAGUCCUGAGCCCGGAGCAGGUUGAGAAGCUGCAGCACCACCAGCAGAAAUUCGCCAAGAGUCAUAGUUUCUACAAGCCCCACGAAACCUCCACCCAUUACGCGUUUCCCCUGUGGAUGCUAGUCGCGAUCGUGGUGUUGCUCGACUGCCACUCCAUCCUCCAAAUCUCACUAGGAUUGUGCACGUGGACCAUCUCCUACCACGUCCGGCCCUUCGCCCUCACGACGGUGAUCCUGUGCUGUAGUAUCACUGUCAACACCACGGCGGGCAUCCUGAUCACUGUCGGCGACCACAAGACGCGCAAGAAGGACGUGCGGGAGAGGAUGGUCCGACAAGACCUGACGGCCGACGCCAUCAGGAAGAUGGAGAAGAAGCGGCGGCACGAGCUCAAGAAGGCCGGACUCAUCCGCGACGGGGAGGAGGAGGAGAGCGCGCUUGAUGUCCCGGACUCGGAGGGGGAGGGGAAGAGGGAGAAGGAGGGAGAAAGCGAGCUGGUGAGGAGGAUUGAUCCUGGUGCUGACAGUUUGGUGAAGGCUAGUCGAAGUCUUAAGGGGAAGAGCGGGACAAGAGGCAAAGUGGAGAAUGGGGAGAAGGAUGUAGUAGUAGAGGGAGAAGGUAAGGAGGAAAGUAAAUAA